GCGGCUGACGUCACCUCCGGUCGCUCGCUUGGCUCGCUGCUUCAGUCAGGCCGCAGGAGAGCUGCACAAUCUGUUCACAUAACGCCUUUAAAAAUUCACACAAAAGAAUAUUUGUCAUAACACAUCCCGUCAUGUCUGUGAACCAGAGCCUGUAUAACUGUGAAGAUCCAGCUGUGUGGAGAGCAGUUCAUGCAAAAUACUGGAGUGUAGUAGAAGCCAAGUCAGCUGUGAAGGGGAAGACAUCAGGAAAACUCCUGCAACUGGACAGAUGGUUUCAGGAGGAGCUGCCGGCAGCGAUCUCAGCCCGAUCCGAGCGUUCCCUCACACACGCUGAGCUCGUCAACAUCAUGGCGUGGAAACUGACUAAAGGGAAGUUCAGGCCUCGUUUGCAGCAGCUGAUUGGCUCAAACAGCGAGGAGGCGGUUCAAAGCUCGACCAGCAAAGCUUUCGGUUUGUUGCCUGACGUCCAAGCGGCGAUUACAGAGCUGUGCAAACUCAAAGGUGUCGGGCCAGCGACGGCAUCAGCCGUGUUGGCGGCCGGAGCUCCGGGUGAAGUGGCCUUCAUGGCUGAUGAAGCUGUGGAGAGCAUCGCUGAGCUCAGAACGGUCGAGUACACGGCCAAACAUUAUGCACUUUUCCUCCAGAAAAUACUGAACAAAUCAUCCCAGCUUAAUAAAGCGGACGGCCAGCGGGACUGGACUCCUCACAGGGUGGAGCAGUGUUUAUGGGCCUGGGCCAUGGCCAAUCAGAUUCAGCCAUCAUUAUUACAGGAGUUCAGUCUGAUGGAUGCAACACACACUUCUCUGGCCAAUCAGAAGCCAGAGAAGAGGAAGACAGCUGAUGAAGAGCCCUCGAAGAGACAGAAGACGGAGAGAUCCUGAAGAGCAGCACUUCUGUGUUAUUAUCUGAAUAAUAUUAUAUUCAGCACUUUCCUUUGCAAAAGUUUGUCUUUUUGAGAUAUUACUCCAAGAUCACAAAAUGCACUUCACAAUUGCUUUUCUGAAUUUGUAGUUAUGUGUUUUAAUAAAGCAAUAAAAUCUUUGUAAAGAU